AGCAGUGGGUUGAGUCAGGCUCCCCGCGGGGUGUGUUGCAGGUCCAGCUCCCGGCCCCAAGGAUGUCCUGCAGCCAGCAGCUCAGCUCCCGCUGCUCCUCACCCUGCGAGGUGACCUGCCCGCAGCCCAUCGCCGACGCCUGGAGCCAGCCCUGCGUCACCUCCUGCGGGGACUCGCGGGCUGUGGUCUACCCACCGCCCGUGGUCAUCACCUUCCCCGGCCCCAUCCUCAGCUCCUGCCCUCAGGAGAGCAUCGUGGGCUCCUCGUCCCCACUGGGGCUGGCCCGUCCCCGGGGCCUGCAGGGCUCCCUUAUCUACGGGGGCUCCUUGUCCUCCUCCUCCUCCUCUUCCUCUUUCAGCCGACACUGGAGGCAGCGCUAUGGGGGCUGUGGGCCCUGCUAAGCGUGGCCGAAGUUGUGGAUGGCAGGAGA